ACGACGCAAGCAGGGUUGCCAGACCGGGCGAUUUUGCGCCCGCCGGGCGAUUUUUGGUGACUCCGGGCGCACUUUUAAGGUCCAAAUGCGCCCGGGCGAUUUCCGGGCGAUUUUUAAUUUGAACCGGGCGAUUCGGGCGACUUUCCGUUUUUUGGGUGUUUUUUGAUGUUUUUUAGGCCUAUUUCAUCCGUUUUCGAAGGAAAUGUGUAAAAUGCCGAUGUAAGGCACGAUAACAAAGCAUAAUUACAAACUUUAUGCAAAUAUUUGUGACAAAACACCCUUAGACAAGCUGGAAUUCCCGGAAAAUCCCGGGCGCCAGCCGGGCGAUUUUUGAAUACCCCGGGCGAUUUCGGGCGUUUUCGGGCGAUUUCAUUGGCCGAACGGCUCCGGGCGCACUCGGGCGCACUUCGCGCUCGGCUCGGGCGACUUGACUCGCUCGGCUCCUGGCAACCCUGGACGCAAGUGCGGUUAUGUUGAUGUGUAGUGUUUACGCCGUGCUUGGCGACAGUUCUAGUUUACUUCUCUGUACAUCUGUUGCACUAAAUUGUUGACCGAUAACCGAAUAAAUUGUGCCUCUUUUCGUCUUCCUCUACCAAGCAAAUGACGAAGACAUUGUCUAUGAAGCAAGAUACUGAUUCCUCCUGACAAGACGAAAUGGAUAAAGCCCGCGCCAACGCUCUCGUUGUGUAUCCUUUUCAUCAUUGAUAAGCACCGAAAGCGAAAGAAUAUACUCCGGCGCUCAUAUUUGAAGAAAAUCAAGUGUGUGAGGCCUAAUUACAAACCAGAAGAUGUGAUGGCAGCGAUGCAUGCUAUUUGGAAAGGCAUGUCUCGAAGACAGGCAGCCAAGGAGUUCAAUAUACCCCGCUCAACUUUACUUGACAAACUUGAUGGUAAAAGACCUGUAGAAACAUCUCCAGGUCCUAAUCCAUUUUUGACUAAAGCAGAAGAACAAACCCUUGAGUCAUGGGCCAUAGACCUUUAUCAGCGAGGUUUUCCUCUCAAAACUGAAGAUUUGAAAGACAUGGCCCAGGCUGUCAUUCAAAACAAUCAGCGUCAAACAUCCUUUAAAAAUAGUCGCCCUGGUCGUAGUUGGAUGCGGAACUUUUUGCUUCGUCAUCCCAAAGUGUAUGAAAUAAGUACUGAUAUGGCUGCAGGACCUAGAAGAACUCGCACGGUCACCACACGUGAAGAAGUUAGACAAUGGUGUCUGCACGUUCGUCAAUUCCUGACCUCCCUAGGACAUGAAAAUGUUCUUGACUCUCCACAUCGGAUUUUUAAUGUCGACCAUGCUGAAUUUCUUUUUGAUUCAUCUACAGGUCUUUUAACAGAUCAAGAACGUAAUGACCGUAUAGAUGAAAAACCUCGUGACAGUUCUGAUCAAUCUGACAGCCUACCUGUUGGAAUGGAUUAUAUCAGUAUAGUUGCAACAUUCACUGCAGCUGGAGGAAUGGCUCCUCUCAUGUUUGUUUACCCCUCUCAAGGAAUGCCACAAGAAGAUUUGGAUUUAUUACCUCCAAAGUGCAUUCAAACCUAUUCAGAAUCUGGUCUUUUAACUGGAAAAAGUUUUCUUGACUAUAUCAUUUUAUUUAGAAAAUGGCUUGAACAAGAAAAUACUACCCUCCCAGUUUUACUUCUUGUCGACGGUAGACGGAGUCGUCUCAACAUUGAUGUAACACGUUACUGUGAAGAGCAGGGUAUCAUUUUAUAUUGUCUCUUUCCAACUCCAAAAGCAGCUAUCUCAGAGAUUCUUAGCCCAAUUAUUCAUGAUUCUUCCAGCAGUUUAAAUAAGAUAAAUUUUGCUUCUCGUGUUCAUGAAACAAUUAAAACUCUGGAGGGCUUUGAAAAUUCUGGUGAUCUCCCCAGUAUUACAAAUGUGCUACCUCAUUUGCAAUCAAUGCUUCAAACUUUAGGUGAAGUACGUGCUGAACCUGUGGGCAGCUUCCCACCACCAGCCUACUCCCUUCUUACAAAUAACUGCAAUUUCAUUGCCCAAGGUCGAAGUGAAGAGAAUUGUGACUCAGAUUGUGAAUUUGACGUUGAACUAACCCCAGUUGAGGGGGAGAUUGAAAUAGAAUUUCCUGACGUGGAUAAUGUUGAUCCAUAUGCAAUGGCACUUCACCCUGCUUUACUAGCAGAUUCUGAUGUUCCAAAAUAUUUGAUCUUUCAUGUUCCCCCCACGUCUCCAAAGAAAACUGAACCUACACCUACUCUGGCAUGUACAUCAGAGGAUGUGUGCAUUGAAGACAGGGUUGAUCAGCCAGAUGUUAAAGCUCAUCUCAUUGUCAAGCCGCUUUCCAGCCCUUUGCCAGAAACAGAUAACGGAAUCGCAAAGGUAGAGUCGGAGAUAAAUGAUGUGCUUGAUACUAUGUUAUCCUUUGGAACUUCUCACCAGGUGGAAUGUGAGCAAUUGUCGCCAUUGCAAAACUCUUCUGAGGAACCAUUUCUUGGGUUUUCUUCAGACAAUGGUACAAUUAAACAAAGCAUGUUAGAUGCCCACAGCUGCUUGCGUUUUAUAGAGUGCAUUAUUGCAGAGAAAAACCUCCUCCAAGAUUUUAAGCUUGCAAGUACUGAACGCCAGUGGAAUGGUGCUCCAGAGGCAAAGUACUUGUUUGAAGUUUGGCUUGCAGCAAAUGAUGGGAACUGUAGAUAGACUUUCUCAACUUCCACUCUAGUCAUUUUAUGUAGAUUCUACAUAAUGAACAAUACCAUUCAGUGAAAUCAAUAAUCUGCUUGUUCCUGCUCAGUUACAUUUGUAAAUGUUCUACCUCCUCAUAAGUGUAGGGUCUAAAGCAUGGGUAGUACAUGUGCUAGUUUCAUUACAGCUCUUUGUAUUGAAAUUGUAACUUCAAAACCUUAUUUGAUUUUCAUGUAUCUUAACUCUUUAAGCUUGUUGUGUUUGUCGAAGGCGUACUUGAUCCAUCCUGUUUUAAGGAUGAGCAAGAUAAUUGUACCCUGCAUGUUCCAGGCACAAGUCCAUCUACAUUCUAAACUGUAUUUCUUCUUAUGCUGGCUCAAACUUGUCUUCUGUGAUAUGCAAAUGCUGUCCGUUGGAAAGCUAAUUUUCAGUGAUUUGUUAUUUCAUUUUACUGAAAACUUCUUGUAGAAUAUUGCUUGUGAAGCACUUUUUUUUUUUUUGUUGUAUAUUUGUAUUUUCAUUCUCUAUUGUGUUAUUUUUGUUUUAUAUCUCAUUGAAUUGACUUUGUUUAACAGUUUUACUGGCAAACUUGUGGGCCAACAAUUUGAUUUUGAUUCUUCUUACUGAGACUCUGAAAUGUUUAUUAAACCAUUGACUCUGUACUGUU